GGCAGGACUUCAAAUGGCUCGAAUCUCCCCUGUCGACCUCCCAGACCCCCAGUCUCUGUCCGGCAGUAACGAGUCAAAUCAUCUAGACUACCGCCGCAAAACCGACUCGCGUGGUCUGCCUAGGUCCCCGCAAUAAUAAAGUCAGAGAUAACGGCGCUGCCCACUGCUCGCGCGCUCCACUCCAGGCAGCUUCACUGCAGCUUCACUCAUCAUCCCGUGAGCUCCGACCGAGGAACCAGCCUCUAUCUAGCACGGCAAGAUUUGUCUGCCACUUCAUUUAAACCGGCGAUAUAAAUAUCACAUUUAAAGACCCUGAUCGUCCUGUUUCUUUGUUCGCUAGUCCUCACUAGACGGAUCUUCGACCACUAGCGUGGAUCAUAACCCUUUUCCUUCCCAUGGAAUCGAUGCUUGCUUCGACUGUUGAUCUCAUGGCUCGCCGCUUCUUUCCUGGACAUAGCGCCGCUCUAGGCCUGAGUCUGUUUCUCUUUCUGUUUAUGUUUCUUCCGACGCUCGUGGUCUUGCUAGCUGUCGUGGUAUUCUUCCUGUUCUACUAUCCUCGUCUCCAGAAGCCGUCGUCGCAUGAUCAUUAGAUUCUGCGUAUUUGGAAGCAGACGCUUUGUACAAUAUAAUAUAUGGAAUACGGAGUUUACGACAUGAUACCACCGGGCUUUUGAGAAUGUUACUUAUAUAUCAUGUAUUAUUACGUAGCAUGAUAUACACCAUGAGUGAUUCUACCUACUUUUUAUAAUAUGAAGAUACUACAGAAAGCUUUUUCAAAUUGACUUUACAUGGCUACAGCAUGUAAUUACAUUUAAUUUAUCACUUGAACUGCUACUAUUAGAC